AUGUCUUCUAGAUUUUCGACUGCUGUCUUAACCGCUGCCAAGCGUAUGAACUUGGCUCGUCCUUUUUCUGCAAGAAUGGCGUCAACCAAGACCAUGACGGUCAGAGAAGCGUUGAACAGCGCCAUGGCGGAGGAAAUGGAUCGUGACGAUGAUGUUUUCAUCAUUGGUGAAGAAGUUGCGCAGUAUAACGGUGCUUAUAAGGUCACUAAAGGCCUUUUAGACCGUUUUGGCGAACGUAGAGUCGUGGACACACCUAUCACCGAGAUGGGGUUCACCGGUCUGUCUGUUGGUGCCGCUCUUAAGGGUUUGAAACCCAUUGUUGAGUUCAUGUCUUUCAACUUUUCUAUGCAAGCUAUCGACCACGUUGUUAACUCUGCUGCCAAGACAUACUACAUGUCUGGUGGUACUCAAAAAUGUCAAAUUGUCUUUAGAGGUCCCAACGGUGCCGCUGUCGGUGUUGGAGCACAACACUCCCAAGAUUACUCAGCUUGGUACGGUUCUAUCCCCGGUUUGAAGGUCUUAGUUCCAUACUCUGCUGAGGAUGCGAGAGGUCUAUUGAAGGCGGCCAUCAGAGAUCCUAACCCUGUCGUUUUCCUUGAAAAUGAAUUGCUUUACGGUGAAUCGUUUGAGGUUUCGGAAGAAUGUUUGUCUCCAGAUUUUACUUUGCCCUACACUUCCAAAAUCGAAAGAGAAGGUACUGAUAUUUCGAUUGUGACUUACACCAGAAACGUUCAAUUUGCUUUGCAAGCUGCUGAGAUCUUGGAUAAACAACAUGGUGUGUCAGCUGAAGUUGUUAACUUACGUAGUAUCAGGCCAUUGGAUGUUGAAGCGAUUGUUAAAACCGUGAAAAAGACUAACCAUUUGAUUACUGUUGAGUCAACUUUCCCUUGUUUCGGUGUCGGCUCUGAAAUUGUCGCCCAGGUUAUGGAAUCAGAAGCUUUUGAUUACUUAGAUGCACCAGUUCAAAGAGUUACAGGUGCUGAUGUUCCAACUCCAUAUGCUAAGGAAUUGGAAGAUUUCGCCUUCCCAGAUCCAGACACCAUUAUUCGUGCGGUCAAGAAAGUGCUGUCUAUUGAAUAG